GUUCGAGCCAAAAUGAGGGAAAAUAAGAACAUGUCCGAGUCCCCUUCUCAAGCGGGAAAAGAAAUACCGGCGAAAAAACAAAAACUAAGCAGUGACGAGAACAGUAACCCCGAUUUAUCAGGAGACGAGAAUGAUGAUGCUGUCAGUGUUGAGAGUGGGACCAAUGCAGAGCGCCCAGACACACCCACUAACACUGCCAAUGCCCCGGGCAGAAAGAGCUGGGGCAAGGGCAAGUGGAAGUCCAAGAAGUGCAGAUAUUCUUUUAAAUGUGUCAACAGCCUGAGGGAGGACCACGCCCAGCCGCUGUUUGGCGUCCAGUUCAACUGGCACAGCAAGGAGGGAGACCCGCUGGUGUUUGCCACAGUCGGGAGUAACAGGGUAACUCUGUAUGAAUGUCACUCUCAGGGAGAAAUAAGACUGUUGCAGUCUUAUGUUGAUGCAGACGCAGACGAGAACUUCUACACAUGCGCCUGGACCUAUGACACCAAUACAAGCCAUCCUCUGUUGGCUGUCGCCGGGUCCCGUGGCAUCAUUCGGGUGAUCAACCACAUCACAAUGCAGUGUAUCAAGCAUUAUGUAGGUCAUGGAAACGCCAUCAAUGAGCUCAAGUUUCAUCCAAGGGAUCCGAAUCUCCUCUUGUCUGUAAGCAAAGAUCAUGCCCUUCGUCUAUGGAACAUACAGACGGACACAUUGGUGGCAAUAUUUGGUGGUGUGGAGGGUCAUCGUGAUGAAGUCCUGAGUGCUGAUUUUGAUCUUCUGGGUGAAAAGAUUAUGUCAUGUGGGAUGGACCACUCCUUAAAACUUUGGCGGAUCAAUUCAGAGAGAAUGCAAAAAGCCAUCCGUGGGUCUUACGAGUACAACCCCUCAAAGACCAACAGGCCGUUCGUCUCACAGAAAAUUCACUUCCCUGACUUCUCAACACGAGACAUCCAUAGAAACUACGUGGACUGUGUGAGGUGGCUGGGGGAUCUUAUUCUUUCCAAGUCCUGUGAAAAUGCCAUCGUCUGCUGGAAACCAGGAAAGAUGGAGGACGACAUCGAUCACAUUAAACCAAAUGAGUCCAACGUGACGAUUCUGGGACGUUUUGAUUACAGCCAGUGUGACAUUUGGUACAUGCGCUUCUCCAUGGACUUCUGGCAGAAGAUGCUCGCACUGGGAAACCAGGUGGGGAAGCUUUAUGUGUGGGACCUUGAAGUGGAAGACCCACACAAAGCAAACAGGUCUCACCACUCUUGGAACAGCAUUUUUCUUUCGAUGUGCACCACACUGACUCUCCCCAAAUGCACAUCAGCCAUCCGGCAAACCAGCUUCAGCCGCGACAGCAGCAUUUUGAUAGCUGUGUGUGACGACGCCUCAAUCUGGCGCUGGGAUCGACAGCGCUGAACAGUUUCCGCCUGAGGAAGAAUUUUCGGUUCCUGUUGCUUCUCAUCCUCCCAACCUGUUGUACAGAUCUACACUGCAAGCAAUUUCCUUUUGAACAUUUAAUCUCACACGUGGUCUAAAAAUACAGCGUUUCCUUUAAAAAAGAAAAGCAAGAAAUUGUGCCAAGUGAAGAUAAGAUGAUUCCUUUUGUUUUGAUUUCCUGUUUGUGUGUUGGCUGGAUGUUUAAAGACACGCUUGAUGUCAGAUCAAGGAACAUUUUAUAUCCAACAUAACACCAGUGAUGUGGGGAUUAUUCCUUUAAGUGAACAUUUUUAAGCCAGGACAGUAAAGAAAUGCAGAUGGACUCUGUUCCUAAUCAUAUUUUAAAUGUGUGUGCCUUCUAGAUGUCUAUGCAGUCUCAUUCAUUGAUAGUCGAUAAUAACACCAAGACAAGUGGAAUCAUCUCGAUCAGCCCUGUCACCUGUUUUAGGAACAAUAAGACACAACAGAUAAAAUGACCAAAUAUGGAUUUACCUUGCAGUGUGCCACGUUUAUAUUCAUUAGUGAAACAAGAGAAAUGAAGAUUUUUUGUUUGCAUUACUUUGAAUCUUUUUUAUUUUAAAUGCUAUUUUAAAUCCUCUUUGUUUGCUUUGACGCACCCUGCCUCCUCCCACCUUCACACACACACACACACACACACACACACACACACACACACACACACACACUGACUGUUGUUGCAUCAUUUACAGUGAUACUGUUUGACUUUGGAGGCUUUGAGUACACUCAAUGUAUUUUGUAAAUAAAUACGUAAAGUCAGAUUGUGCGGUUAUUGAGUAUUUAACAUGGACACUCUUAUUUGGAUAAAAAUCAGAUUUUUUUUUAUUUCUGUUGCUCUCAAAAAUGAUGAGGAAAUGGCUUUUAUUUUGAAAAGUACGACCUAAUUCCCCAAUAUUAAAGUUUGCUGAAGGGAGAGGAAGGGGUUUCUUUUGCCUUUAUGCGGUGCUUGUACUUAAAUGUAUUUGGACUUUAAUAAACUUAUUUUUCUACAGA